CUGGGCCUAGGAGAGGCGGGCCGAGGCUGAGACUCGCGGCUGUUUUGGGCUGGAGGUGGUGGCGGCCGCAGCACCUGCGGCUAGAAGACGGCUGGCAUGGUGGGGCGGGAGAAAGAACUCUCCAUUCAGUUUGUUCCCGGGAACUGCCAGCUGGUGGAGGAGGAAGUAAACAUCCCCACUAGGCGAGUUCUGGUUACGGGUGCCACUGGGCUUCUUGGCAGAGCCGUUUACAAAGAAUUUCAGCAGAAUAACUGGCAUGCUGUUGGCUGUGGUUUUAGAAGAGCAAGACCAAAAUUUGAACAGGUUAAUCUGUUGGAUUCUGAAGCAGUUCACCACAUCAUUCAUGAUUUUCAGCCUCAUGUUGUUGUGCAUUGUGCAGCAGAGAGAAGACCAGAUGUCGUAGAGAGUCAGCCAGACGCUGCUUCUCAGCUUAAUGUGGCUGCUUCUGGAAAUCUAGCAAAAGAAGCCGCUGCAAUUGGAGCAUUUCUCAUCUACAUUAGCUCAGAUUAUGUUUUUGAUGGAACAAAUCCACCGUAUACAGAGGAAGACAUACCAAAUCCCCUAAACAUGUAUGGCAAAACAAAAUUAGAAGGGGAAAAGGCAGUCCUGGAGAACAACACAGGAGCUGCUGUUUUGAGAAUUCCUGUUCUGUAUGGGGAAGUUGAAAAGCUUGAAGAAAGUGCUGUGACUGUCAUGUUUGAUAAAGUGCAGUUUAGCAACAAGUCAGCAAACAUGGACCACUGGCAGCAGAGGUUCCCCACCCACGUCAAGGAUGUGGCCAGCGUGUGCCGGCAGCUGGCGGAGAAGAGGAUGCUGGAUCCAUCAAUUAAGGGAACCUUUCACUGGUCGGGCAAUGAACAGAUGACAAAAUAUGAAAUGGCUUGUGCCAUAGCAGACGCUUUCAACCUCCCCAGCAGCCACCUAAGACCUAUUACUGACAGCCCAGUCAUAGGCGCGCAACGUCCAAGAAACGCUCAGCUUGACUGCUCCAAAUUGGAGACGCUGGGCAUUGGCCAGCAGACACCAUUUCGAGUCGGAAUCAAAGAGUCACUCUGGCCAUUCCUCAUCGACAAGAGAUGGAGACAGACAGUCUUUCAUUAGCUUAUGUGUUGGAUUUUCUUUUUAAAUGAAAAGUAUAGUAUGUGGCACUUUUUAAAGGAAAAAGGAAAUAGUUUUGUAUGAGCUCUCUUUAAUUGUGACUUAUGAUCUUUCAGGUAAAUGAUGCUCUUGCACUAGUGAAACUGUCUGAAGAAACCGAGGCGCAGCACUGCCUUGUUUGCAGUGAUGAUUCUUCUGUUUAUCACUUUGCUUGUUCUGGCUUACCUUGUCGUCUGAGUAAUGUAAAUUAUGAUUCUUAGGUAUCUGAGAGCCAGAUAUGCUGUAGACUUACUUUGGAUGAAAUGCAUUGUUUGUUCCUGUAACUUCCAUCUUUUCAGGGUUUUUUUUUUUGUUGUUUUGUUUUCAUUUUGAUUUGGUUUUUUGCAGUUGUUAACUCUUGUUGAUUGUUUUAAAGUACGUGAAAAUCAUAUGAAAAUCAUUGGUGUUCUUUAUUUGCUUUGCUCGAACUCAGAUCAAAAUGUUUGAAGAAAGAAAUUUUAUUUUUGCAACUUGAGUACAGUACAGUUUUUAUGCUUGAGAUACUUCAAUAUGCUGUGUAUAUCAGGAUUCCUACAGCUUGAUGCUUCCUGCUUUUGUGGCAGCAUACGUGAACACUCGUGUGUGUCUGUGUGUUUUGUAAUAUAAAUACACAACUACCCUUUCAGUCCAUGUGUUGACAUUUCAUACGUGUGGUUGUACCAGUGAUAAUGAACCUCUAAGUCUUUGACCACUUAUGAAUAACAAUAAAUACUACUGCUGGCACCUCACACUCAGUUUUCUUGUUUACUUUUUAAAUGUUAGGGCCAGCCAUUCAAACCAGUUGUUUUGUUACUUGAAUUUUUUUAAAUAUGUUCUUGCCAUGUAACCUAUUUAGAAAAUAUAGUUUAUAUAUUGAUAGAUGCACAACAGUGAACGCUUGAGAUCUAUCUAGAUUGUUACAGAUCCUGUAUCUACUCAUACCACCUGGUUAGCUGAAAAUAGCUCUACAAUCUUGCUAUAUUACAUUUAUAUGCAAUGCUCCUGAAGAAUGUAGAAUAUUCCAGUGUAUAUUACGUCAUUUUUCACAUGAUCUUAGCUUCUAUACUUUAGGUCCUAAAUAAGAAAACCUGAAUGGUGAGGUGUGUUACUUGACCUCUACUUGACUUGCUUAAAGGUCAGUUGUAGAUACUCUGAUUGCACUUUUGGGAGUGUGUUUCUCCCAGGUUAUGCUUUUAUUCCUUAAUUGGACAGAGUAUUUUCUAACUUCCUAAUUAACACAGGUUUUUGGCACUAAGAGUGGGUUAGACUUGGGUGACUUGGCUUAAGCAGCAAUUCUCAAACCACAUUAUGUUUUGUAAUUAACUGGGGAAGUUUUACUGAGUCUUAGCCCACUGAAAUACAAUUUGAGGCCUGCUAACCUAUUUUUAGAUAUUUUCUGGGAACUUCUAACAUGGCCAGUUUAGCACUUAUAUUUGGCAACCACUGAAUUAAAGCUUGUUUGUUUCAUUUUGUUUUGAGAAAGGAACUCACCAUGUAACCCACAUUGGCCUGAAACUUGCUAUCCUCCUUCCGCCUCCCGAGAGCUGGACUACAGGCAAGUACCACCAUGCCCGGCUUAGGCACAUCUUUAUUUACAAACUAUUCGUUUUGAAAUUUCAUUCUUACAGAAAAGUUACUGUAAGUAUAUAAAGAAUGCCUGUAUCCCCUUUUCCGGAUUUCUGAGUUGUAAGUUUAAGUACAUUGAUCUUGUCAUUUUCUGGGCUUUGUUUUUGUUUUUUCGUUUGUUUUGUGGUACUGGGGUUUGUGUUCAGGGCUUCAUGCUUGCUGUGUAGGCACUUUACCACUCGAGCCACACCCCAGCUCUGUCAUUUUCUUAUAUAUUAUUUUUCCUGAACUAGUUAAGUCAUAGACAUGUCUUAGUAUAUAUACCUCUGUAUAAUUUCUAGAAGGCUGUACUUAAUAACCCAUAAUUAGGAUAAGGACAUUAACUUUCAGUGCUGUCUAAUUUAUAGACCCCAUUCAGAUUCUAUCAUUUGUCCCAUUAGCAUCCUUAAAAGGUUUAUCCCUUCCAGAAUCACUCAAGAUUUUUACUCUUUGACCUUGACAUUUUUUGACAUCUCUGUGUGUAAGAAUCCAAAAAGUCCACAUGAAUACUUCCAGCCUCAGCCUGAUUCCUCGGGGUCUGUGUUGGCCUACCUCUUUCUGUAGUUGUAGCGCCUUUCUCUGACACACCUUGCUUUAUUUUUCUCAGUAUGCUCAGUGUUCAGUUUGUCUACAAUACCAUUCUUAGAAUACCAGCAAGUUCUCCAUGAACCAGCUAAACACUUCCAGCCUCCAACCUCUGGCCCUGGUGCCCGCGAUGACAUGGGCCACUCCAUCUGGUGGGAGCCCCCACUCCAGAGCCCAUCAGCUACUGUACGAACAGCCACACCGGCCACCACACACCAGCACAGCACCAAGGACUGGGAGCAUCAU